ACAGAGGCAAAGGCAGAGGCAGGGGCAGAGCUCCGGUACUUACCCCUCCCGCCCGCUCAUCGGCGGCGAUGGCCGCGGGGUCUCUGCACCGCCUGGCGGGGACAAGCCCGGACGGCGAGGCCGGCGGGCUGGUGCUAAGGCAGCGCAGCGCUGCCGCCGAGCAGCACGUCGUCAAGGCGCCGGCACCACGGGCUUCCUUGCUGGGCCUGGAUGUGCUGGCGGCCCAGAAGCGGCGGGAGCGCGGGGAGGAGGAGGUGGGCAGGGAGCGGUCCCGGGUCGCCUCGCAGAGGGACCGGGAAGAGAGCUGAGGCGAGCCGGGCAGCGCCGAGGACGACGGCGACGAGAGCACCCGGAGCAGCCACGGCGUUCACAGGCAUUACCGUUCUACCCAUAUGGAAUCACCUUCCUACACGGGGGGUGUCAGUGAGGAGUUUUGGGAACACAACCGGCAGCGUGAAAGGGACCGUCAGGCACAUGAUGUCUUUGCCUCCUCCAAGGAGGAGAAGCAGCAGGAGGAACGCAGUAGGGACCGGGCCCAUGAUCGCAAACAGCACCGUGAGGAACAGGACAGAAGUCGUCACAGGAGCAGGUCAGAGAGGGACAGCUCAUCGGAGGGCAGCAGCAAGAGGAGUGAACCAGAGAGUCCCAGGCAUCGGCCCAAAGACGCAGCCACACCGUCUCACUCCGGCUGGGAGGAGGAUGACACUGGCUCCAGCAGUGCUCACCGCUCACAGUGGGAAUCUCCCUCACCCAUGCCUUCCUCUCGAGACUCAGGGCGCAGCCAGCGGCCAUCAUCACAGCGGGACACGGACGGAGAGACCGGGACAGGUCUGUGAGGAGCAGGUACUCAGAUAAGACACCAUUGCCCACCCCGUCGUACAAGUACAACGAGUGGGCUGAUGACCGGAGACACCUCGGUUCCACACCACGGCUGUCCAGAGGGAGAGGACGGCGCACAGACGGGGAGGAGGGCAUCGCCUUCGAGACAGAGGAGGAGCGGCAGCAGUGGGAGGACGAC